UUGACGUUUGCGGCGAAGUGAUUGACGACACGGCGACCACCGCGUCUGUCUCCUCGGCAACGCUCGCAUCCGACACUGCUCGCAGUAGCAUCGACAGCACGACCGCUGGCGAUCAUGCUGCAUCUUCUCUCGGCCAAAAUAAAGCCGCCGUUGCGGCUGCACAAGCGGGGGUGAAGCUGCCGGUGGACCACGAGGAUAGUAGUGGCAGCACCACGAAUGCGAACAACGAUGAACAAGCCGAGGACAUCAACAAAAAAAGCGUCGAGACGAAAGCGCCGACAACUGCGGAAGUGCUCGCAAAUCUGGAUGAGGAAUCGAAACAGAAACUCCUCGCCGUGGGCCCACCGGGGCUGCCUCCCCAAACCGUUUUUCAGAAACCCCCAGAGGUGGCAGCACCAACCCCAGCCGCUUCCUCUAGUACCGCACCACCGCCCGGUGAAGGAGCUGCAACACAGGAGAAGCCACCCCAACUGGCACAAUUAGACUCCUGGCCACAAGCGGACCCAAAUCAUCCGGACCACAAUCAGUGGCUUGCGAUGCGGCAGCAGAUGGAGAGCUUUAUGAAGACCGGGGGCAUGCAACAGAUGAUGGAGGCACAGAAACAGCAAAUGAGGGAGCGGCAAAUGAACCAACUGUUUCAAUACGUGCGCAACUCCGGCUUCGACAAGUUAAAACAGAUGGUUACCAACAACGCGGGGCAGCCAAAUGCCUUUCCCCGCGCCGAGGACAUUGCCGGCGCGCGGGACCCGCAGGGCCACACGUUCCUCCACUGGGGCGCGCUGGGGGGUGAUGAAGCCUUCUGUAAGUGGGCGGUGGACGAGGUUGGUGUGCCGGUGGAGAUGGCAACGUACUAGUGCUAGUUUUUGCAAAACCAAAUAAACUGAACGAACAGAAAAAUGUGAUUAUGCCCCUGCAGUUCAUGCAUUGCAUUGUAAAGCAGAUUUUGUCUUGCAACGAGUAAAAGUGGCGAGAUUGAGUAAGAUGUAAACCUAGAAGAUUUUUAUCAACCCGUCGAUCAGGUUCAACGGUCAGACACCAUUGAUGUGGGCGACAAUCCAAGGGCACGUGCAAAUCAUGCGCAUGUUGAUAUCCCGAGGGGCUGACAUAAAACGAAGAGACAGCCUCGGCGCAACGCCGUUCCUUUUGGCGAUUCAGCACAAACAGUAUAUCUUCAAAGCGAGACAUGAUUUAGCGAGAGGAAAUGCCGUGCACAACAAGGGGCAGAUGAAAAAAGUCCGUGUUGCGUAUCUAUAAUUUUCGCAGUGAACAAAGAUUAGGUUAAGGUUUAGUUCUUCUGAUUGCGCAAGUUGACGAACAACAAGAACAACGUAAACCACAGGAAACUCGCCUUCCUCCUCCUUCUUCAGCGUGACCGGCAAGUUUUGGACGAGAUGGACAUCAAUGGCUGCGGUGCGGUCCAUUGGGCCGCUUACAAGGCAGACAUCAUGAAUUUGAAAUUCCUCGAUUACUUCCAGGCCGACUUUCAGCACGUAGACUUCGCAAAAAUGUCCCCCCUGCACCGCGCGGUGGCGUCGGGGAGCAUCGAGGUGUGCGAAUUUCUGCUAAAGAGGAAAGUCAACCCCUACCUGAAGACCAAGGACGGCGAGGACUGCAUGCAGCUGGCGGCAAAGGACAAAAGUAAGUUACAUGCUAUAUACAAGAAUGAUAUAAGGCCGCACCAUCAAGCAGUUUGUCAAGCGGAAACAAGUUUUUAUUGCCUCCUGGUGCGCAACAUGAGAAGCCGAAGCGUGACGACGUUGCAAUGGCGUCAUGCACGUGAACAUACUUUCGCGACAUCACAGUCGCAUUUCAAUUUCAACAUCAAAUCGAAAUCAAUCGCAAUCGGAUGACUUUUCAAAAAAACCGACUUCAGACAACCCCUACCUCCAUACGUCCCUGACCGCCUUAGUGAAAAAGCUCGCCGUAUCCUGAGUAAAAACAUCCCCACACCAGAGUCAAGAUGGGGAUUUUGCAACACAAACCUAGAACUUUUGGGGGUCACGCAUCACAAGUUGCAGUCCGUAGUGUAGUGCAGGUUCGCAAGGCCAGCUGCAUCAUCAAUCCAUCUGCUCAUCCUGUUUACAGCAUUACAAAUUCCAAAACACGACUAAAAAUGCCUCUCCUGGCGAUGCGCAUUGCAAAUGUUCCUGUCAUUGCAAAUCUGCAUGACAACUCUGGCGUGGGGACGUUUUUACUCAGGAUACGCCGACCCCGCUCUCGUCCCGGAAUCCCUCCCCGAGACGCAGAUUAUCGGCGCCAGGGUAGGCGAGGAGCCAAAAGCGGCGGACGCAACAACGACGGCCACGAAAGAAAAAUCCAGCUUUGCCAAUGAUAUGCAGAAAAUGCUGGACGAACCGGAUUUUCAGAAGUACCUGGUUCCCUGCAUGUACCUCGGUGCCGCGACAUUAGCCCUCUACGUCCACGUGCAGUACUUAGCCGUCGUCGGGUCCGAGGCCGCACCGAUGCUGACCGUGAUUGUGUGGAUCAUGGUGCCAAUGGCAAUCAUCGCGUUUGUGCAGAUGACGCAGUCCCACCCGGGCGCGUGGCCGAAAAGACCCAUAGGCAGGAGUGCAGUGGAGGAAAUCAUGGGUAUAAACUGCGUCACUUCAUAUUCGAAGAUUCUAAUACGCAUACGCUUUUGCUCCUGCAGCUGGGGAUUUGUUUAUGCCAUUUUAUAUUUAUUUUUGAAGCGCUACGUUAUAAGGUACCAUCAAAAAUUGCCCUACAUUGUUCUUUGGCACCAGCAAUAGCAAAAACAAAAUGACCACGAAAAUGGCAAAAAACUACAUCACGCAGCCGACAUCGAUUCCGAUGAGAAGUUUGACGAAAAGCGGCUUCAUCGGCUCUGCACCGAGACCUGGAUAGAAAAGGACUUGCGCACGAAGUACUGCAGCACGUCAAAAAUGUGUGUGCGCGAGUUCGAUCACUACUGCGGCUGGCUCGGCGUGCCAAUUGGCCGGGAUAACAACAGGCGGUUUGUGAUGCUGUGUCUCUGGGAGUUUUUCACCCAGUUGGCGCAUUUCGCGCUGAUAUGGUACUGCAUCGUGUCCGAAGCGAUGAAGGACAACCCGGAAAACGGCGUCUGGGGCACCAUUGUUUUCGUAUAAUUUUGUUGCAGCUUGAUCGCAGAUGAAUACCAGACGUUUUGUAGUACUGUCACUGUGCUUGUUCUUGGGAUUGAUCGAAUUUUCACUCAUAACUUACGUCCACAUGAAUUAGAAUGAAGAAGAGAACAGCAACAGCUGGCUUCACUGACUCGCAAUCAAUGUAUCGAUGAUGUUGUUGAUCCUGAUGAUGAAACAAAACCUCAACUAGACCAUCACCAACUACACGAUAAUCGCGGUUUCCCUCUUCUCGCACGUCGUCACGUUGCCCUGGCUCCUCUGCCUCACGUCGUAUCACCUGCGGUUGGUCUCCAGGAACCUCACGACGAACGAAGUGAUGAACAUGCACCGGUACGAGCACUUCUGGCAGCUGGUGAGCGACCCCAAAGGGCAGGUGAAGAAGAACUUUGUGAACCCCUGGGACAAGGGGGGCAGCGUCAGCAACUGCAUGGAUUUCUGGUGGACCCGGAAGCGCGGGGAAUUCGGGCCGUGUCUCUACAAGCAGUUGCCGCAAGUAGAUUUGGAGUUGCAAACCAUGGGCCAAGCGACGGAAGAGCAAAUCCAGAAGGCGAGGUACGCGGUAGCAAACAGCGGCACGGGGCAGGGGGGACACGCGCACCAGCAUCACUCUGGCUGA